AUGAACGCGAAUUCCAUCUCUUUGAUCGUUAUCCCCCGAAAUAAUGAAGUAGAUCUAGAUCCUCACGGGUACAAGCCCACGCUCUCAAUCUGUAUACUAUUUCUUUGUCUGUUUGGGGAUUCCUCUCGACUAACUUUUGCUUUAUCCACAGUCAUUCACUUUUCUCAAGCUCUAUUUUAUCGGAAGUGGUUCCUUUUAUACACCGCGGUCCUUGCGGGCUUGGUUGAAAUUUUAGGAUGGUCAGGACGUCUAUGGUCCAACCAAAAUCUUCCCAACAGCACUGUCUUUACUGUGCAGAUCACUUGUACAAUUAUGGGGCCCACGCCUUUACUUGCUGCAAAUUUUAUAAUCUUGGCUGGGGUCAUAACAGUUGAGUACUAUCCAGGACAUUGGUAUUCAGCACUGACUGAUCCAUUGACGAUAUCCAACUUUAAGACUCAAUCAUAUUCCUCUCAUGACUUUAUUGCACUUGCAGUUCAGGGCGGCGGAGGCGGUAUUGCCUCUGCAGCAAAAGAUACGGCGGAUACUGUCAACCUCGGCUCGCACAUAAUGCUUAGCGGCAUAGUCUUCCAACUUGUGGUAAUAAUAUGUUACGUGGUUCUAGCAAUCGAGUUCUUCUGGAGGUACUCUCGCGGUCGACCUGUUUGCUCCGGAAGCGGUGUCGUUUCCAAGCCCAGCACAAAAUUCGCUGUUGAUAAGCAUGACAGACUGAUGAUCUAUGCUUUGAUAUUGUAUACUUCCUGCUUGUUUAUUCGAGCUAUCUAUCGAACCAUCGAACUAACAGACGGAUUUCACGGAAAAAUCAUCGAGACUCAGUGGUUAUUCAACAUCUUCGAUGGAGCGAUGAUAGUUCUUGCCAUGUAUGCGUUCAAUGUUGCUCACCCUGGCCGACUACUUGUUGAGGAUAAGGAGACCGUCAUGUACACCAGCACUGGCAGUGUUUUGGGCGUUGGUAACGGCGGUAGUACUGGUACCCUUCAGCAGCUUCCAGGGGAGAAAAUACAGGAUUUUCGGACUGUCUGA